AUGAGGGGCUCUAAAGUGCAGGAGUGGACUCCUACCAGCAAUAUUCAUCUGGUGGAAUGGAAGAAAACAGUUCGGACCAGGAAAGCAACAGGGAAAUGGGUAGAGAGACCCAAGAUUCGAAAAAUUCAAUCAGUUCCGGCCACCCCUACCAAGUCAUCAUCAAAGCAGUGGCCAUCCGAGGAUAUGCUAUUUCUCGGUGGAGAUGAUUGGGUCAGCGACCUCAACCAGCAGGAUUUCAUACCCCUGCUGCUACCAACAUUCAUGAGUCAGAAUGACUAUCUUCGGCAAUGGGUCCCAAGGACCAAUAGAUAUCUCAGCAUACUCCUUGAGCGAGAAGCUCCUGCUGACCGGUCUUGCAUCAUUUGCGGGUCUGAUGGUGUCUACAAAUGUCACAACUGCUUCGGUGAGCCUCUAUUUUGCACAAAUUGUUGCAGGACGGAGCACCAGAGGCUGCCCUUCCAUCGGAUCAGUCAAUGGACCGGUGGUUUCUUCAAGGACUGUUGCCUGGUGAAGACUGGUCUAGUGAUUUCACUCGGGCACGGCGGAAAUCCUUGCCCAUGCCAAGACUACGGGGUCGAUGAUGCUGAUGAAGGAUUUUUUGCUGCCACCAACACCAACACCAACACUGACACCGACACCGACACCGACACCGAGCAUGCGACGACACCAACUGCCAAUGCGUCAAAGAACAAUCACGAUCUGCCUACUGGAGUGCCAUUCAUAAAGAAUGACAAGACCAUGACGACAAUAGUGGACAAGUCUGGAGUACACACUCACAUCAUCAAGUAUUGCAUGUGUGCCGAUGCUCCAAGCGCCGACCUACAGCUGUUUCGAUUAGGCUUGUUUCCUGCAUCCUUUACCCAACCAAAGACCACUUUCACUUUUGAUGUAUUGGACGACUUCUUACUGGAUAAUUUGGAGUGCGACACUAAGUUGAGGAGGAUGACAACCAAUGUUUUUCCGCAUUUGGUGCCGGACCGCUACCGGGAGCUCAUGAGGGUGGCCAGGCAGUGGCGGCAACUGAAGCUGUUGAAAUGGAACAGCUUCGGCCACGAGGAAAAAGACGUUGAACCCGGCGAUCUUGCUCUCUUCUGCCCGGCAUGUCCCCAGCCGGGAAUUAAUGUGACAUUGCCGACUGAAGAAGGCACAGCAGAGAUCAACAGAGAAUCAGAUCUGGAGAUGCCGAGUUGGCUCUAUUCAAGAUCGCUGGUCAUGGAUGGCAACUUCAAAGCAGAGCAUAUGCAUGCGGCGAAUCCCAUUGAUGAAGUCCCCCUCAUGGAUGGAUGCAGUUUCAUGGUCGGCGAUGGCAAAUACAAGGCGCAUCUGGCACUGGCAAAGGACACCAUUCAACAGUCCGAGUGCAACAAUCACCGCGCAGUGAAUCAAGCCAAUGCAUCCCGUCACAGACUGGAGGCAACCGGCAUUGGCGGAUGUGCCUGUGCAAGGCAUGGCUGCUUCGUCCCGCAUGCAAUGGUGGAUUUUCAGAAGGGAGAAAGGCAGAUGAACAUGGACUAUGCUUUGUGCGAGGCAUUGAAACACAAUGCCGGCGGCAUCCGGCGCACACUGACAUUUUAUGAUGUUAAUUGCCAGUACAAUAAGUAUCUAAAGGAUCGGGUAGCUGACAGCCCCUAUUUGCAAAUUCAAGAGCAGAUGGAGAUAAUCCCGGGGAUAGGUCUAUGGCAUGUUCAUGGCCACCAAGACAGCUGCUAUGUUCACUAUGCUUCUAACUUUAUCGCCGGCGCCACCAGAAUUGAUGGCGAGAUCAUGGAGACCCUUUGGGCGCCGUUGAACAUAAUCUCUCCUUCGGCACGGGGGAUGGGGACCCCUCACCGCAAGGAGUGCCUGGAUUACCAAAUGAAUGAUUGCAAUUUCAUGAAAAUGAUCAGGAUGAGUGGGUGCUCCGUUGGCAAGGCCCUUUGCCGGAAAUUCAGGCAAGCUGUGAAAGGGCUCGCCGACAGUAGGGAAGCCUUUGAAAAGCUGGAUCAGAGUGCCGACGAAAACAAUGUCAGGGACUGGGGGGAACAGGAGAGGCUGGCACAGGAACGGCGUAGCACUGAUCCAAAGGCAAUGGACAUUUAUGAAGUCCAACUGCAGAAAGCUCCGACCAGGAAAGAACAGGAAUUGAGGUUGCUGGAGGAAAAUGGCCAGCAACCUGCUCCUGCCCGCCGGAGGGGAGUGGCAACAUGGCUGGCAGAAGGGCUUUCCAUUGAGGAGGCACAGAUCGGGCGGCGUUGUGAGAGACUGCAAGGAGACAUUGACCGUUGGUCGGCGACAUUCAUCGGCGAUGGGUUUGGCAAUGCCGACCUCCACAUGAUGGAGCACAAGCUGCUGAUCCUUCAAGAAGACUCAGAUGAUGAAACAGCUGAUGAAUUCAGACUAUUUGAGCCAGAAAAGGUUGUAAUACCAUUGCUGUCCAAUUUGGGCCAGGGGAGAUGCGCUGAGCUCGGCGCCGUGGAUAUGAUCCAUCAAGAACAUGUCCUCCGCGAAGGACAGGCCAAUAAUGCCUUGCACAACAUCAGAGUGCACUUGGCAGACAAGGUGGUCAUCUUCCAAAAGACAGUCAGAAUGGCAAAGUCGCAAGCAAAGUCCACCAGAGCUUGGGCCCAGAUCCAUGCAGUGGACCGGGCGGUAAGCAUCAACACAAGCGUCUAUUCCAAGUGCCUGUCUCAACUCAGCAAACUCGGCACUGCUGACAUUUUGCUGAACAGAUACCGGCCAUUGCUUAAAGAACAUCUCCAGGUCAGCACCGCCGUCGCCGAUCCCAAUGCCAGAGGCCAGAGAAACUCCAUGUUGGCUUGGUUCUGGUCUAUGGAUGUGGAGGGAGACUCUGAUAGCAGUGAUUGGUUGAAUGAAUUUUACCAGGUGCAUUGGCUCCGUGCCAAGGCUCUAAGAGACAGGUGGGAGGAGGAAAUGCUACUUGUGCAGCAUGAAAUGAAUUGGACAUACAACUUCUUCUUGCACAAAGCCGAGCAAUGGAUCCUUCUGGCUACCAUCUCAAAAGCCGCCGACAAGGUGGGACACCUUGCCUAUGCGGCACGGCAGUGCAAAAUGUAUCAGCGCCUGUAUGAGGAUUCCCGGGAUGCAUUUGAAGUUGCAAAGGCAGCCUGGAACCCAAUGCAUAUUAUGCCGGCGGUCUUAUAG